AUGUGUUCAAGAUCGAUAGCAACGUUUUUUAGUCAAUGGAGACUAUGGAUUCGUCCUAUUUUCAUUGCAACGUAUGUUCUAUUGGUGAUAGUAUUAGUACCAUUGCUUAUUGUUCACUCAAUUAACAAUGGAUUUACUAAGUCAGACCAAGGUACCUUAGUUGGAGGUGGUUUUGUUCUUCUGGCUGUGCCAAUAUCUAUUUGGCAGAUAACUCAGCAUAUUGUACAUUAUAACAAGCCAUCAUUGCAGAAACAUAUUAUAAGGAUACUGUGGAUGGUACCAAUUUAUGCGCUUAAUGCCUGGAUAGGCUUGGAAUUUCCAGAGCAAUCUAUUUAUAUGGACUCUCUAAGAGAAUGCUAUGAGGCAUAUGUAAUCUAUAAUUUUAUGAAGUAUCUUUUUAAUUACCUUAAUGAGGAUCAUGAUUUAGAGGCUGUUUUAGAAACUAAGCCUCAAGUAUAUCAUAUAUUUCCUCUUUGUUGCUUAGCACCAUGGGAAAUGGGAAGUGAAUUUGUACAUAAUUGUAAGCAUGGAAUUCUGCAAUAUACAUUAGUAAGGCCAUUGACUACUGUUAUAUCAAUGAUAUGUGACUUAUGUGGUGUGUAUGGGGAAAGUGACUUUAGUCCUGAUGUGGCUUUCCCUUAUCUCAUAGCUAUCAAUAAUUUUUCUCAAUUUAUAGCUAUGUAUUGUUUAGUUCUAUUUUAUAGGGCCAAUAGAACUGAACUAAAACCAAUGAAACCUAUAGGCAAGUUCCUGUGUAUAAAGGCUGUUGUGUUCUUCUCAUUCUUCCAAGGGGUUCUUAUCAAUAUAUUGGUAUACUGUGGAGUGAUAUCAACUAUAUUUGAUAUUUCAGACAAAGACAAGAUAAAAAUAAUAUCUUCCAAAUUGCAGGACUUCCUUAUAUGCAUUGAAAUGUUUUUGGCAGCAAUCGCACAUCACUAUAGUUUUUCAUACAAGCCAUUUGUGUCGCCUCUCGACCCCUCACCAUCUUGCUUGGGGUCUUUUCUAGCUAUGUGGGAUAUUUCUGAUGUGAAAAGAGAUAUUUCUGAACAUCUUGGAGUUGUUGGGAGCUCAUUCAGCAGGCGAUUGCGUGGGAAAUCCAUGUAUCAUAUGGCGAGAGGGUGUGAUGAAAGCUCCCGAUUAGUAAGCGAGCCCAUGCCUUCUAGCUCUGCACCAAAUUUGACUAUCGAAACGACUGAACCAACUGUUGAAGUUAGACCUACAACAUAUGGUUCUAUUGAUAACACAGUUUCAGGUUCAAUGAACUCUGAACUAGAACCUUUAAUGGAUUCUGACAAAAAUGAUCCUGAAGUA